AUGAGAGCGACAAAUGAGAACCCCAAAGAAAGCCACCAACCCACCACAGCACACUUCUCCGACGACGACGACCCAACUUCCUCCUCCGGCUCCUCCUCAGAAGAGAGCGAAGACGACGCUUCAGAAGAUGAAGACGAGGGCAUGCAACAGAGCACAGCCGGCGGGUCCUCAAUACCGAGUAUUCCUCACCGCCCGAAGCCCAGGAUAAAGCCCAUGAAGAUGAAGGGCGGUUCGGAUCUCCUUUCACGGUUGUCCACGUUUCUGCCGCAGAUGAAGGAUGCCAAUGAGGAUCUGGAGAAGGAGAUUGCUGCUGGGCGGGGAAAGGAUAUGGUGCUUGAUGAUGUGGAUGAGGCAGAUGGGAAGCAGUAUAUCGAAAUGAAUCUUGGGUUGGGUGUGCUUAAGGAAAAGCGUGAUGGUGAUGACUCCAGUGAGGCUGAUAGUGAUGAUGAGAAUCCAUAUGCGAAUGCUGGAUCGAAUACAGAGGGUGACUCGGACGUCUUGGGCAAGCUGAUGGGAGGAAAGAAGUCAGAGAAGUCAGACGCGGAUAAGCCUUCGAUUGAAGAGGUGGCGGAGUGAACUGGGAACCAUCACUGUUGGCG